CCAUCAUAGCGCCCUGCCUGCCUUUCCCCACACGAGCUCACGCCGUGAAAGCAAGGCAGCAUGUCAGAAUCAUUGACCUCCAAAGUGUUUCCGCGAGGCAGUGAUGACUCUUACCUGGUCUAUCGCACCAUUAAAGAUUCCCAGGAGUUAAAAUCCACUCUGGCGGAACCCUAUCCGGUGGUGCUCAUGUUCCUGGCGGACUGGAACGAACCAUCCAGGGUCAUGAAGAAACCGUUCAGGGAUAUGGCCUUGGCUAAAAGGAAACAUGCCAUAUUCUGCAAGCUGGAUGUCGACAAGUUUAAAGGUAUUGUGGAGCAGUAUCGAGUGGAGGCGCUGCCGACGUUCGUGCUGAUGGAGAAUGGCAAGGAGAAGGGCAGGGUCGUUGGCGCCAAGGUGGACGAGCUGGACACGGCCAUCAUGGGCAACAUACCAUCCAUAAAUUAUAUAGUAGUGGACGCUGAUGCUGCUACGCAGCAAGCGUGUGCUCGUGACAGCGAUCCGGCCGUCCAGCCUUCUUUACACUCAACACGAUAUGAACCACCUGCACCAGUCCCUCACAUACAUCCCGAAAAUAAGAAUAUAUCAGCCAAAAUCGUGGGGUCCCAGGUUGAAGAAAGACACAACCUUUUUUGUCGUUGGAGAAAAAAAUGUAAGGUCAUAGACUCGUAAUCUCUCUGUACGGCGCCCGCUACAGCUUGAGCCCUAGGGUCAUAGACUGGUAGCCCUCCCGAGUACCUCACCCGCGCGCCCUGGAUAGCUAGUUACAACAGGUUUAGAGAUAAGUCCUAGCUAGCUUAAACUACUCUUCAUAAGAUCUCCUAUAUGGUUACAACUCUAACCGAACCAGCUUGUUUAACACCCUUCCUUAAUCACAACUUUAUCAAGUUGAGAUUAUGUUUGAAGUCUUCAAAACUUUGUGUACGUAAAGCUUUUGUAAACCCAUCAGCAACUUGAUCUUUUGAAUGAAUAAACCGAAUGUCCAAGAGUUUAUUUGCAACUCUCUCUCACACAAAAUGAAAAUCUAUCUCAAUGUGCUUUGUUCUAGCAUGAAAGACUAGAUUGGCAGACAAGUAUGUGGCUCCAACAUUGUCACACCAGAAACAGGGAGUCUUAGAGCUUUUUAUACCCAACUCCUUUAGCAUGGAUUGCACCCAUAUGACUUCAGCUGUGGCAUUUGCUAGUGCCUUGUACCCUGCCUCGAUGCUAGAUCUGGAAACAGUGGCUUGUUUUCUAGCAGACCAUGAAAUGAGAUUAGGUCCAAAAAAUAUUGCAAACCCACCUGUUGAACGUCUGUCAUCUAGGCAUCCUGCCCAGUCUGAAUUAGAAAAAGCACUCACAAGUGUAGAAGGGGACUUGCUGAAAUUUAGACCAAUAUUCAGCGUAUGUUUCACAUAUCUUACUAUACGCUUGGCAGCUGUGAAGUGAACUGUGGUUGGUGCAUGUAAAAACUAACACACCUUGUUUACAGCAAAGGAGAUAUCAGGUCUUGUAAGUGUCAAAUACUGAAGAGCACCUACCAGACAUCUGUAUUUAGUAGUGUCCACUGAAUCUAUAGGUGUUCCUUCCAUGAGAGAUAGUUUUUCUGUACUAGAUAAAGGAGUGGGUGUGGGUUUACAACCUUGUAGGCCAGGCUUUUUUACCAAGUCUGUUGCAUAUUUUUCUUGAGAAAGAUGAAGUGCAUUCUUGUUUUUCUUCA